AUGCUUAUGAGGUUUCGUGGGGGCGGCGUUGGUCAUCGGACAACUCGCGAAGCAACGAACAGUUUUCUGAAUGAUCGUGACCCACUGGACAUACAUCAUGCCAGCGCUGCAGUAGCCCAUAGUGAGGACGAAGGCAGCAAUGAUGACGAAAGUGAUCUGAUGGACGACGAGGAAGGGUUAGCUCGAGGCAAAGCCAUGGAGUUGGAUGAAGGUGACAAGUCUGAUUUGGACCACUAUGACGACUAUGGCUACUCCGGAGUACAGCAGGAGGUUGAAGAGGAUGAAGACAAAGAUGAAGACAGAUGCAGCGAGGAUGGAGAUGGCGUUGAUGCCACUGAAGGUGAUGGGGACGAUGAGAUUGAUGACGAGCUGGGUGCAGAGGAUGGCGAGGACAGUGAUGAAGAACUAGAGGGUUUUAGUGAAUUCUGA